AUGAAGUAUACCAUCCUGGCCCUAUUGGUAAUAGUAAUUGCCUUUGCCAGUGCUAAGUCAUCCCUUAAUAAUGAAUUCGAAUUCCUCUUGAAGGGACACGUACCAGCCAGUAACAGUGCUGUUCUUGGAAUGUACGAGGCCUUCCUCCAAAAAUAUAAGGGCAAGACCUUUGAAGUCAACCAUGACAUGGACAGAUUCAUGACCUUCAAGGCUAAUGUUGAGAGAAUCAUUGCUCAUAAUUCCAACCCUGAGAGAACUUUCGAUAUGGGAAUCAACCAUUUGUCUGACCUGACUCAAAAGGAGAGAUUAGCUUAUUAUAAUCUGAUGGAUCCUCAGAACUGCUCAGCUACUGCUUCUAAGAGAAGAGUCUAUAAUGCCGAGGCUCCAGAUUACUUCAACUGGGUUGACCAGGAUGUCGUUUCCCCUGUUAAGGACCAGAAGAGCUGCGGAAGUUGCUGGACAUUCUCCACAACUGGAGCAAUUGAAUCUCACUACAAGAUUAAUACAGGAGAAGAGGAACUCUUCUCAGAGCAAGAACUUAUUGAUUGUCCUGAUGCUGAGAGAUAUGACACUCAUGGAUGUAAAGGAGGUCUCCCAUCAUAUGCUUUCAACUUCAUUAAAGAAGUUGGAUUAGAAACUGAGAACAGCUACCCAUACCUUGCUAGAGACUCUGUCUGCACUUACGAUGCUGAAGAACUCAGAGUUACUACUGAUGGUCCAUUCAAUAUUACUGCUGGAGAUGAAGAACAAUUGAAAGAAGAACUUUUCAAUAAUGGUCCAGUUUCAGUGUCUUUCCAUGUGAAAGAAGAUUUCCUUGAUUAUACCUCCGGAGUAUACUCAGUCUCAGACUGCCCAGAUACCGAACAAGAUGUGAACCAUGCUGUCCUAGCUGUAGGAUAUGGCACCACUGAUGAUGGAAUGGACUACUGGAUUGUCAAGAACUCAUGGUCUGAAGUCUGGGGAGACGAAGGAUUCUUCAAGAUCGAAAGAGGAGUCAACAUGUGCGCCAUUGCUAUGUGCAACUCUUACCCACUCAAUGUCAGAAAGGUAUAAAUCUACUUUUGA